CCUUCGUAAUAUCGAAGCAGAAAAAGAAAUUGAGCAAAUCAAGAAAAAUAUUAGAAAAUUAAAAGAAAAACUUAAAGAAAAAUCUUCCUCAUUUGCUAUAGAAAUCUAUAAAUAUUUAGAUAGUGUAGAGCUUGAUAAUCUAAAAUGGCAAAAUCCAUUGGCCAGCCAAGUGAUUACCGAUGAAUUUGUGCAAACUUUAUCUAAGAAGUCCGGAGAUGAAAAUGUUUAUAAGAGUUUCAAAGAGCCAUUAAAUC